AUGAGAUUCGGAGACGUGUCUAUUCUCGCCGGAUUGGUGGCCGUGGCCGUGGCAGAGUCUCAGAAUGGCGGAUGUCCUUUCAACGUGCAAACCGCAAUGUCUUGCUUGAGCGCUCCAUGUCCGCCAAAGUGCUUGAUGGAGAAAGCCCAGGUCACGGAUAGUAAAGGGUGUCUGGACCUGGGAAAAGCAAAGGCAUUGAAGGAUCAGUGCAUGGAAGACAAAUACAAAGCAGUGGUAGAUUGUGUGCAACCCCUGUUACAUGAGGGCAUGUGUCAAUGUGGUGACUUUCAGCCCAUCGAGAGCAAAUGCACCAGUUUAGUCAUGAACCUCGCUGCAUAG